AUGGGGUCGGUUGUACUGAUACUGCAAUCUACAGUUUCUGUGCAGAUUUCAGAGCUGGUAGUGGCUGAUCGAGAGCUCGUUGGGUCCCGCAGGUGCGGAGCCGCUGAAGAGGCGGGUCCAUCGCAGAAGCGGAAUUGGGGAGGGACAACAGGAUCCGCAGAUGCGGAAGAUUUACCGCAGAAGCGGUAUCGCAUCUGCGCAUGUUCACGGAGGGCGAACCGGAGUCGUGACAAUUACGAGAUCAAAUACCGAGGCGUCCGAAGGCGGCCGUGGGGGAAAUUCGCGGCGGAGAUACGUGAUCCGACGAGGCAAGGCGCCCGACAGUGGCUCGGGACGUUUGACACGGCGGAGGACGCGGCGAGGGCGUAUGAUAAGACGGCAUUUAACCUAAGAGGCCAUCUUGCUACCUUGAAUUUCCCUAAUGAGUAUUAUUCUCAACUUUCUAAUCCUCCUUAUCACUAUCGUACUACUUCAUUUAACAUAAUUAAUCCAAUAAGAAGAGGUUUAGAGAAAGGAAAUUCAUCAAUUGGAAAUCAAGAUAAAGAAAUUAUUGAGUUUGAGUAUCUUGAUGAUAGUGUAUUAGAGGAGCUUCUUGGAUCAGAAGAGCCAAAAAUGACGAGAAAGUAA